AUGAGGCCUCAACCUGGGCUACUUGCUCGUCGCUCCUGGACCUGCAUACAAUGCAGAGCUUGCUCCUCCACCUCCGCCGGAGCUCAAGCCCGCAACUCGAAAAAUAAGCUGCCGGACGUGCCUGCGCGCACGCGUUUCGCGCCCUCGCCCACCGGAUAUCUGCACCUGGGCUCCCUACGAACAGCGCUCUUCAACUACCUGCUGGCGAAGCGGACCGGAGGUCAAUUCCUACUGCGCAUCGAAGACACCGACCAGAAACGGACGAUUCCUGGGGCAGAACAGAGACUUUACGAUGAUUUACAAUGGGCUGGACUGAACUGGGACGAAGGUCCUGUUGUCGGUGGUCCUUACGGUCCUUAUAGACAGUCUGAACGAACGGCUUUAUAUCGCUCCCAUGCCAACGACCUCAUCUCAAAUGGCCAUGCUUAUAGAUGCUUUUGCUCUGCCGAACGGUUGGAUUCAAUGGCCCAGCACCGUAGCCAGGCUGGAUUGGCCCCUGGCUACGACCGGAAAUGCGCAGAUCUGUCUGCGGAGGAAUCAGAAGAUCGAGCAGCCAACGGAGAGGCACAUAUCGUUCGGUUGAAGGUGGAAGGGUACCCUAUGUUCAACGAUCUGGUCUAUGGCAAGACCGGCCAAAACAAAACGAACAACAAAAAGUUGGACUUCAUCGACCGUGUGUAUGAUGACCCAGUUAUGAUCAAAUCGGACGGCCAUCCGACUUAUCACUUGGCAAACGUCGUAGACGAUCAUUGUAUGAAGAUUACUCAUGUCAUUCGAGGAACAGAAUGGAUGCCAUCUACACCAAUGCACAUGGCCCUGUACAACGCCUUCAAGUGGACACCUCCACAGUUUGGCCACGUCCCCUUGCUCGUUGAUCAGAGCGGACAAAAGCUAAGUAAGCGAAAUGCGGAUAUCGAUCUCUCUUCCUUCAAGGACAAGCAAGGAAUUUUUGCCUCCACGCUGGUCAAUUUCGCUUCACUCUUGGGUUGGUCACACUCUCAGAAAUCUGACGUGAUGAACUUGCAAGAACUGGAACAACUCUUCAAUUUGAAGAUUACUCGAGGUAACACUGUCGUCGCCUUCGAGAAACUUUGGUUCCUCCAAAAAGCCCACGCCCAGCGCUUCGCCGCAAGUGGCGGGCCUGAAUUCAAUGAGAUGGUCAACAGAGUGAGCUCUGUUGUGGAACAAAGUCACCCCCUUGACAAGCUAAACACCAUCCUUAAAGGCCGCACCCUUUCCGAAUAUAUCGCUCCUCUCAUCCGUGCAGAUGCCAAGUCCUACACAGGUGCCUUGGACUCGAUCGAGCCCCCCUACGCGCCCGCCACGCCCGCAUCCCCUUCGGCUCCCGAGGUCCCAAUGCAAGCUCUUCACACCGCAGCAGCAGCCCUCACACUUGUCCCACCUUCGCACUGGUCCAUUGAAACCCAUCGCUUCAACAUCAAUUCUUAUGAUGGAUCUGGCGCCGUGGUGCUUCCUGAAACCGAGUCAGACUCCCCGGCACCCCCGGCAACUGACAAAAUGUUUAAGAAAGAACUGUACCACUAUCUCCGCUGGGCGCUCUCAGCUUCCGCGCCGGGUCCAGGUAUCCCAGAAACAAUGGCGAUUCUUGGCAGAGAUGAAACGCUGCGCCGCGUGCAAGAUGCAAAGGCUUCUACGCAGACCUAUGGUCCCUCUGACGGGAGGAGAAUUCCCAAGGGAACACUACCUGAAGAUCAGAGCUGGAUGGGGACUCUUGCGACCAAGCGGUAG